CUCCCGGGGGCUCCGCGCCCCCGCGCCCAGGUCCCUCCCCCUUGGCGGGCGCUCACAGGCCGCACGGGCAGCGCGAGCCCCGGAGCCCCGGCGGCCUGUGCGCCGGGAGCCGGCAUGGACCCCGAGCGCUGCGCGCUUUUCGGCGUGGGGCCCGAGCCCGGUCCCUACGCGGCCGCGGGGGACGAGCCACCCGGCCCCCAGGGGACCCCCGCCGGCGCGCCUCACCUGCACCCCGCGCCGCCCCGCGGCCCCCGCCUGACCCGUUUUCCGGCCUGCGGGCCCUCGGAGCCCUACCUCCCAGAGCCGGCCAAGCCGCCCGCCAAGUACCUGCAGGACCUCGGGCCCGGCCCGGCGCGCAACGGCAGCCACUUCUACGAGGGCCCCGCGGAAGCCGAGGAGAAGGCCUCCAAAGCUGCCAGCUUCCCCCAGCUGCCCUUGGACUGCCGAGGGGGGCCCAGAGACGGGCCCUCUAACUUGCAAGACUCCCCAGGCCCUUGUCUGGCCAGCCUGCGUGUCCCUCUGUCCCCGGGACUGCCUGAUUCCAUGGAGUUGGCCAAGAACAAGAGCAAGAAGCGCCGUAACCGCACGACCUUCAGCACGUUCCAGCUGGAAGAGCUGGAGAGAGUCUUCCAGAAAACCCACUACCCUGAUGUGUAUGCCCGGGAGCAGCUGGCUCUGCGAACGGACCUCACCGAGGCCCGGGUACAGGUCUGGUUCCAGAACCGCAGAGCGAAGUGGCGGAAGCGCGAGCGCUAUGGGAAGAUCCAGGAGGGGCGGAACCCCUUCACAUCUGCCUACGACAUCUCUGUGCUGCCCCGAACAGACAGCCACCUGCAGCUGCAGAACUCCCUGUGGCCCAGUCCAGGGUCCGGGAGCCCCCCCGGCCCCUGCCUCGUGUCUCCAGAGGGCAUGCCCUCCCCAUGCAUGUCUCCAUACUCCCACUCUCAUGGGAAUGUGGCUGGCUUCAUGGGGGUGCCAGCCUCCCCUGGAGCCCACCCUGGCAUCUACUCCAUCCAUGGCUUCUCCCCUGCCCUGGGGGGCCACAGCUUUGAGCCUACCCCAGAUGGCGACUAUAGGUCUCCAAGCCUCAUCUCGCUCAGGGUGAAGUCCAAGGAGCCACCCAGCCUACUGAACUGGACCACGUGAUCGGUUGCGUGGACAUGCAGACUAAGCUGCCCACCCCCCUUUUCUGUUCCCAGCUGCUCCCACCCCAUCCCAGCCUGGAUGCCAGAGAGGGCACACCUCUGCCUCCAAGCCCCAGUCGGUUCCCGGAGGCCCAGGCAGAGCAGCUGGGAUCCUCAGCCUCCUGCAGGGAACAAGCUAGAGUUUUUUUUUUUUCUCUUAAAAUAAGGUGGGGCUGCCCAGGACAAAGGGGGCUGCAAAGCAGGUAGGACUCUUCCUACCACACACUGGGUCCCUUCAUCCAACUCUGGGCUGGAGGGAGGAAGACACUGCCCUGCUUCUGCAGACUUUGUCCAAGUUUAAGUGUCAUCCCUCCAGCUGAAAUGGCUGAACUGGUUCCUCAUUCAGGGAACCCAGGAAAACAAGAGGAUGACACAGGUUGAACCAGGAGCAGCUCUUUGUGACUAAGGGGAAACUAGUGUUGCAGCAUGAGCAUCUAGGGCCAGCCUGACUCCCUCCUCGCACCACCAGGGGGCGAGCACUCGGCGUCCGGAGUUCACAAGGGCCUGAAGGCCACUGGGGAAAAGGUGCCAGAAAAGGUGCCGGGAGGCCCAGCUCCAGCCACCCCUUACUCCUGCCCUGUGCCCCCGCCCCCAACAUGCCAUGAAGUCCUCACCCCCUCCAAGGGGGCAGAAAGGCCACCAGAAACCACCAAAUAUUUGGAUUCUCUUCUGUGGGCUCAGGCCAGAGCUAUGCCAUAGAAACUGUAAGCUCCCCUGGUUUACUCAUUAGAUGUUGGUAAGAAUAAAACAGACUUCCACGGAUUCUAAGCCCCUGAGAUCUCAAACCCCACUUUUGUAAAAAAAAAAAAAGGUGUGCUGCCCAGCAUAAUAAUAAAGAUGGCAGUAUUUUUUAG